AUGGCGGCUGACAGAGUUACAUCCGGUUUUGGCUCGUUUGGUCCACCAAAACCAACUAAACCAGCCACCAGUAAGGGUUUUGGGACACAUGUUGAAUCCUCUGUCUCCUCUGAGUCUGGAAAAAACAAGAAAGUAGAUGACAACAUGGAUGAAGAUGAUGCUAUGUCGAAGAUGAUGGGAUUUGCAGGAUUUGGUAAAAAAGCCCGGUCAUUUGAUUUGGACACUAUGCUUGAACAGACAAAAAAGACUGCCAUGGAAAUCAGUAAAAAAAAUCUAGAAGUUGCAGACAAAACAGAGGACAAUAGUGAAUCAGAAGAUGAUAUGAUUGGACCACCUCUACCUCCUGGAUUCUCAAAGGAAUCUUCCUCUAAUGACAGAACGCAGAACACUGAGAAAACAAAACGGUUAUCUGCAAAUGAGGAUAGUGAUGAUGAAGAUAGUGAUGAUGAUGAUGAUGAUGAUGAUGAUGAAGAGUCUUUAGAAAAGAAGAUCCCUGCCACUCAUGAAAUCACACUAGAACAUGGUGAUAAAGCAGUAUCAGCAAUUUGUUUGGACCCAGCUGGAGCUCGGUUGGCCACAGGAAGUUAUGAUUUUGAUGUAAGGUUUUGGGACUUUGCAGCAAUGGAUAUCACAUUGAGAUCUUUUCGUACAUUUCGGCCCUGUGAGUGUCAUCAGAUCAGGUCCUUACAGUACAGUAACACUGGUGAUGCUAUUCUCAUCAUAUCUGGCAACUCACAAGCUAAAAUCGUAGAUAGAGAUGGGUUUGAAGUUAUGGAGUGUGUUAAAGGUGAUCAGUAUAUUACAGACAUGGCAAACACAAAGGGUCAUACAGCAAUGUUAAAUGGAGGUGGUUGGAAUCCUAAGGUGAAAGAAGAAUUUAUUACAUGUUCUAAUGAUGGGACUGUUCGAAUCUGGGACCUGAAUGCAACAAAACAAAAGCGGGUGAUAAAAUUGCGACAAAGUAAUGGCAGAAGGACCAUACCAACGACUUGUUCCUACAGUAGGGAUGGAAAGCUGGUAGCGAGUGGUUGCCAAGAUGGUUCACUACAAGUAUGGGAUAUUAAAAGGCACAUGGUGUUCCCAGCAUAUAAGAAUAUGACAGCACAUACGAAUGGUACUGAUACAUCCUGUGUUUGUUUCUCAUACGAUAAUAGGACACUGGCCUCAAGGGGUGGAGAUGAUACUUUGAAGCUGUGGGAUUUCAGGAAUUUUAAAAAACCUUUGGCAGUCGUGCAAGAUCUGACCAAUUACUUUCCAAUGACUGACUGUCUAUUUAGUCCAGAUGAUAAAUUAGUUGUUACUGGAACAUCAGUAAAAAAGAAUGCAGGAGCAGGCAAAUUAAUGUUCUUUAAUCGCCAAACAUUGGAGAAAGUAGCCAUCUUGCCUGUCAAUCAGUCAAGUGUUAUUCGAUGUCUAUGGCAUCCAAGGUUGAAUCAAAUCAUAGUUGGAUGUGCUAAUGGGGAGACCAAAGUUUAUUACAAUCCUGAAAAAAGUUACAAUGGAGCUAAGUUAUGCGUUGCUAAGAAACAGAACAGAGUGAAACAAAUGGAGUUUGUUGUUAAUCAACACAUCAUCACACCUCAUGCUCUGCCACUAUUCAGAGAUAGUAACAUGACUGGUAAACUAGCAAGAAAGCAGCUAGACAAAGACCGCAAGGAUCCUGUCAGAUCACACAGACCAGAUCUGCCAAUCACCAGUGGUAAGGGCGGGCGUGUUGCUGCUAUAGGAGGAACUUUGACAUCUUAUAUCGUAUCCAGUAUUGCUAAAAGAAAAGCAGAUGACAGUAACCCAAGAGAGGCUAUAUUAAGACAUGCAAAGGAGGCUGCAGAAAACCCCAUGUGGGUUACACCAGCUUAUCAGAAAACACAGCCAGUGCCA